GUAAUCAGUGCCGUCAACGACCGCGACACGAUACGUGGCAUGUCUCAUAUCCAUACGUACUUCACUGCUUCUUUCAUACCAUGCUCAAUUGCCAUACACACUCCCAAGCCCCAAUUUAUCUCUUAUUUUAUGCUGUUUUAAUUAAUAAUUUGUGUUAUUUAAAAAAAUUUUCUUUUAACAAAUUCAGCAUAAAUAUAUACUCUCAAAGAGUAUAAAUAACGUUUUUCCUAUAAAUAGUGUUCAACCCAUACCGUGGUUCUUCGAUUUUCACUCUCUCAAUCAUUACAAGGAGUUUCCUCAUCCCAAUAUCCUAGAAAUAAAAGAGUAAAAAGGAGAAAAAGGAUAAAAAGGAUAUGUCACACAGCUCUGAAUGGUGGUUGCUAUCAGUGGCAAUCCUAAUAUUGACUACAGUUUCUCAAACUACACAAACUGGUCUGAAAACUCAGGAUGGGGUAAAAACUGAAGUUUUCCUAUCCCCCAAGUUUGAGUUGGAACCUGGAUCAGUCUCUAACAAGUUUUAUUACGAUAUCGACUUUCCAAGAGGCCAUAUUGCUAUAAAAGAGUUUGUUGCAGAAGUGGUUGAUGAGGCAGGAAACUCGAUCCCACUUCAUGAAACUUAUCUACACCACUGGCUUGUUAUAAGAUACUUUAUACGUCAAGGGGUUAAGGCUCCAAAGUAUCACGCCAAUCUGGGGUUCCAAGAACCGGAUUAUAUUACUGUAAGGAACUCUGGGGUUUGCAGUGCUCUUCCACAAUAUUUUGGGCUUGGAUCGGAGACGCGGAAGACUGACACUCACGUUCCUGAUCCUUAUGGAAUUGAAGUUGGCAAUCCAGCAGAUAUACCGCAGGGCUAUGAGGAGAAAUGGAUGCUUAAUGUGCAUGCAAUUGAUACACGAGGAGCAGAAGAUAGGUUGGGAUGUACUGAGUGCCGGUGCAGUCUGUAUAAUGUCACUGAGGAUGAGUCUGCAAAAGCUAUCGAGGAUGAUUACAUUGGUGGCUUAAGAUGUUGCUACGAUGGGACAAGAUGCAGAGUAAAAGAAGGGGUUCAGAGUAUUAAGAGAAGUCUCUACCUAAAGUACACCGUCAAGUAUGUCGAUUGGGAGCCCUCCAUUGUGCCUGUCAAAAUAUACAUAUUUGAUGUCACUGAUACAUGGAAAAAGUUGAAUGAUUCAACAGGAUACAAUUCAAUGCACCACUGCAAGAUUGAAUACAGUGUGGAGCCUUGUUCUACUGCAGCAGCUAAGAGUGGAUGUGUUCAUACUAAAAGAUUAAGUGUGAGUUUUCCAAGUGGUGGGGAUGUUAUCUAUGGCGUUGCACACCAGCACACAGGGGGUACUGGUUCUACUCUUUAUGGGGAGGAUGGACGGGCAAUAUGCUCAUCGCUUCCAAUCUAUGGAGAAGGAAUGGAACCAGGAAAUGAAACUGGUUAUAUCGUAGGAAUGACAACCUGCUAUCCUCAACCUGGCACGGUCAAGAUUGGUAACGGGGAGUCCCUGACCAUUGUGUCUAAUUAUAGCAGCCAUCAAAGCCAUACCGGAGUCAUGGGGCUUUUCUACAUUUUAGUUGCUGAUCCAGUACCAGAAUCUCAUUCGUUCCUGCAUUCUCAAAUUAAGGGUGGUGAGAUGAUGAUACUACCAAAUGCUAUUUUGAUUUUAGCAUUUGUUGGAAUUGCAGUGCUUGGUGUUGCUGUUAUUAUGAGUCAGCGUAGGGGUGGAAGGGAGAAUGAUUAUGAAUCUAUAGUGAUGUGAGGGAGGCUUUGCCUUAGAUUGAGAAUUGAUGCUUGAUUUGGUCCUGGCAUUUGAAAGUCUCCUCACUUAUUCCUGCUCAAAAUAUUUUUGCACAAUUACUUCUAUACAACAUGUUAUGUGAUGUCUUUAGCACUUUGUUAAUCACAUGUAAGUUAGUUUUAUAAUAAGGUGGAUUACAAUGUCAUAUAUUUUGCAAAGUUGUAUUUUGUAUUCUGUAUGUUGUAUGCUUUCUUUUAUAUACCUCUACAAAGUACGAGAUACAACUUUACAAAACACAUUGUAAAAUUUCGCUAAUUCUCUUAAAAUGUUAUAUAUAAAUGGUUGUCUUUGGGGAUUGCUGCCCAAGGAUUUGCAACUCU